AUGAUGGCACUCGUGACAUCCCUGGAUACACUUAUGUGCUCGAUCGGCACUUUCAUCCUCGACUCACUGCAUGCUGCGCCUUUCCAAACUUUCGCCAUCUUCCUCCUCCUUCAGUUCCUUCUCGCCCCGACCGUCAUAACCUUGGUGUGCAGAUGGUGCGGCCUAGCACCUGGCACAGACAACGAGUCGCAAAGGACUUGCCCAACGCGCGACGGAAGCGGGGUUGUUGAUGUGACGCAAGACAAAUCAUCACAGACCGAAGCUCACUGA